GUGCAGAAUCAAUUGUUUAUAGUUUGAUCUAGCUCAAUGCCUGAAUCUCACAAAGGUGUGAUGCGUCCAAAUCUUAACACCAUGCCUAAUCAGCAGUUGAGCAUACAGUCAGAUGCUAACGUGAACAAAGAGUGUCUUGGAUCCAAAAGAUCUAAUUAUCAUAUCAUAGUACCAGAUGAUGAUGAGGAAGAGGAUGUGGUGUUCCUUAGAGAAACAUUACCGUCAAAGCGACAGAGAGUCGAAGCACAUCCUCCUCUCAAGGAUGAUGAGACGACACUAGGAUCUGGAAUGGAAGUUGCUGAGCCGAUGGAAAGUGAUGAACAGUCCAAACCCGAGGCUAAUACUCCUGCUGACACAACAGUGCCUCUGGAAAAGAAGAGAGAUGUCUCACUGGUGGAACGUUUCACAGAAGAAGAAAUAGAAAUGCAUAUAAAGAGUCUCCACGAGGGAAAGGUUGAGCUCAAGGAUGGUGAAACAUGUCAACUGUGUGGCGAAAGCCAGCUCUUGUUCCCAGCAGCACCACUCUACUGCUCGAUUUGCACCUUCCGCAUCAAAGACGAUUCUCCAUAUUACAUCCCCGGGGAAACAAUAAGCGGAGCGCAACAUCAAAUAUGUAAUCGAUGUUACGUUCGCCGUAGACGCAAAAAGUUCACGUUAUCUGGAGUCGACAUCGUAAAAGCCAAUAUGCUUAAAUAUCACAACAACGCUGACAAUCAAGACUCGGAACAUUGGGUUGUUUGUGAAUCUUGCGGGAAAUGGCAGCAUCAGAUAUGUGGUCUUUACAAUCCAGAUAAAGACAUUGGCCAAACCUCGGACUACAUUUGUCCCCACUGCUUGUUAGAGGAGCGUAGGAGUAACAACAACAUGGGAGUUUAUGAUAAUACGGACCUGGGUGCGGAAGAUUUGCCUGAAACCAUCCUCAGCCACUUUAUAGAGAGAAGGCUAACCAGGCGGCUCAAAGAAGAAAGACACCAAACAGCAGAGGCUACUGGAAAGAGCAUUGAUGAUGUAUCAGUACCAGAUGAUCUUACUCUCAGGGUCGUGUUCUCAGCUGACAAAAGCUCACAUGUCGACAAAACAUUUGUGGAUUUUCUUCACAAUGAACAUUAUCCUAGUGAAUUCCCUUACAGAUCGAAGGUGAUUCUUCUGUUUCAGAAAGUUGAUGGAGUUGAUGUAUGCAUAUUUGCGCUGAUUGUCCAAGAGUUUGGAUCGGAAUGUAGCCAACCAAACAAACGCAACGUAUACAUUGGAUAUCUAGACUCAGUCAAGUACUUUAGACCCGAGAGAGUAACGUUCUCAGGAGAAGCUCUUCGAACUUUCGUUUUUCAUGAAAUAUUGAUUGGAUAUCUUGAGUACUGUAAGAUUAGAGGUUUCACAACGGGUUAUAUAUGGGCGUGUCCACCUCAAAAAGGACAAGACUACAUUAUGUACGCUCAUCCUAAGACUCAGCAAACCCCCAACCCUAUGAAGCUUCGUCAAUGGUAUGUGUCAAUGCUGGAUAAAGCAAAAGAGCAGAGGGUGGUGACGAAUAAUACAAACUUGUAUGAUCGGUUCUUCGUUUCGACUUGCAAUAGUACAGCUGCACAUUUGCCUUACUUUGAAGGAUCUUUCUGGACCUACCAUGCUGAGCUUCUGAGUAAAAAAAUCGAGAGUGAAGUCAAGAAUCUUGUUCGAUCACUUUCUAAAAGAGCAUUAAAGGGCAGCAAAAGUAAAGACGCUGAUGAUACUAAAAACAUUCUCCUGAUGCACGAGCUUGGAGAACUGAUAUCAGACCAAAAGGAGGAUCUCAUCGUGGUGGACUUGCAUUAUACAUGCACACGCUGCUCGGAAUACAUAUUGUCUAGAUUGAGAUGGUUUUGCAAGAAGUGCAAGAAUCUUCAAUUGUGUCAAAGAUGUCAUGAUCAAGAAGAAGAUCUUCCUGGGGAGCACACACAUACUAUGAAUGGGGAAGAGGAGCACUCGCUGUCAAGGGUCGUUAUGAACAUACCGUCUACAACAGAAGAUAAUGAUGUCAGCCUAGGAAACAACACUUUCGAAGGCAGACAAAUGUUCCUAAGUUUCUCUCAGAAGCAUAACUACAGCUUCGACACUCUUCGACGCGCCAAGAACUCUUCUAUGAGGAUACUUCACCAUCUUCACACUUCAAACAAGCUUCACCAGUCUCAGAUAUCCAGUGGUGGUCUCCUUCAAGUGACUUGCACGGCCUGCCAAAAGGAUGUUUCGGCAACAGUUUACUACACUAGUUUGUGCUGUUCAUCUUACUUAGCUUGCACUUCAUGCUAUAACAAUAAGAAAGUCCUUCGCCUGCUUCAUCUCUUCCCCGUACUCCCUUCCAAACACGGAAUACCGCCUAGACCUGUAGGGGCUCUUGAGAUACUGCAAGCUUUGUUACAUGCGCAUGCAUGCAGAAUUACCGCCACUGGUUCGUGCUCGUACCCUAAAUGCAGUGUUGUCAAAAGAUUAUUCAAUCAUAGUGAAGUGUGCCAAAAGCGGGGAGAAGCUUGUAUAACUUGCAUCAAUUUUGGGGUGGUAAUACGUAUUCACGCAUACCAUUGCCAAGAUCCCAAUUGCUCCAUACCACGUUGCAGUGGUUUGAAGGAGACGUUGACUAUGAGAGGUUUGAGGUAAGGCUCAUGGGACGAAUCUGUACAUCCCUUACUGUUGUGAUGAUCUGUAGAAGAAAUUGUACAGACCAGAAAAACCUUUUUAACAUCAAAACUAUUCA